AUGGAACAACUUGAUUGCCAUAAAGUCUCGGCUGACGGAGCGAGCGUUGCGGCUGAGAGGCCAUGCGUGGCCUACCAUGACGCUUUUAAGCUCAACCCUCCACCUGGAUUCAGUGAGGGAGAGCCGCCUUGUAUUGAGGCUCAUCGUCCGACCACUCCACCGAGCCCGGAUGGAAUCUUUGGUGGAAUCUCUCUCGACGACCACACGGGUGUCUUUUCGGCAUACCUGAGUAACUCUACUAUGACGGAGUCUGAUGGAGGUGACUUCAGCGAUCCGAUCGGCUAUGGCAAAUUCGAUGAUCCUUGUAUGGCAAUAGCAUCACCUAUGGAUUCUUCGACGUUCCUAACUAUGCCUAUGCCCCUCAACCUCAUCGAGGCCCUGGUCGACAUCGGUGUUGAGGAAGCUGGCGCGCCGCUACCUAGCCGGUCCAGUCUUGAGCUCCUUUCGAACGCUGCCUCUACUGCUGCCAGAACCGCCGCUGGUGACACGGUUGCUACAGUCAGCCAGGAACGUGCUACUCGUGCGCUUACCCGUAUGCUUGAGCGGUUUGCUGUUAUCUGGGAAGACUACUGUAAGGAGUUGGUCGCUGGUGUUGACAGUCUACAUCAUCAGACGUCAACUAUUGCUGCCACUUCAACUAAGGACGCUCCCUCAUACCUCUACACCCGUGGGCACCAUAUCGAUUAUGAUCUCACCUCAGCUACCUUGGGACCUCUCACUGCUACUACUGUUGAGCCACCUACACCAGAAGGGUCUCCACAAGUAGCAUCCAUGGAGCCUGGCCUUAGGAGGGCUAAGAGCUUCUCGACUACCACCUCGUCGUCGGCUAACAGUAUAUCAAUGCCUUCUACUACGGUUCAUGCUGCUACUCCUUUCAACACAUUGCCACAGCAUUUGGUCGACCCUAGAGAAUGGUGUACUGUUAUUCUAAGAAACAUUCCCAACAAGUAUGAUGAAGUUAUGCUUAUCGAGCAGUUUAACGCCUCGGGUUUCUUUACCGACUCCCACAUUCGCUACGUAUACACGCCCAAGGAUGCGACCAACAAUUGCAAUCUGGGAUAUGCCUUUGUUGAUUUGGUCGACCAUGAUGUGGCCGUCAAGUUCACUUCAGUCUAUGAGGGCUUCCGUCUGCCCAGUUCGAAGUCUCGUAAGGUUUGCAGUGCCAACUGGGCGAAGAUGCAAUCAGUGCCGAUGGCGGCUACUCGGAGUGGUGGUGUCCAUACUACCAUCAGAAAGGAUAGCCGAGUUCUCUCUGGCGGCAGGAAAGGGUCUACGACUAUGGCUACUCCUCGGAGGUUUGUCACUAGAAAAAACGACAACAACUCGCGUAUGUGUAGUCCGCCUGGGAUGAGCUCUGUCAAUGAGAUCACCGUCACUGGUCUUCCCUCUCGCCAUAGCCGUGGGCAGAUGGUCGAGCUGUUGUCAACACGAUUUGGCUCGGUGGUCUCCUGUGUGGUGGACGAUAAGAAUGAGUGCAAGGUCACGUUCGAGAGCUCUAUUGUGGCCCUCUCUGUGAAGGAGGCUAUUCUCUCAGGCACUGUGGAAGUUGACGGUCACGUCUUGAGGCUUGGUGGUAACAGCUUUGACGACGACGGUGCGGGUCUGCAGUUCAAUGUUGGUCCGCUAGAUGACUAUCUCACUCAGUGA